CAUCCAGAACUUAAGUACACAAUAUGGUUAUUAUGGGCGUACGACUGAGGACAAUGAUGGACUCGUGUCUGUUGCCCCUGGUGACGAUUGGUGUGCUAGCAGCCAUUGCACCCGCUGCGGCACAGGUCCCCGGGUUUGGCCAGUGCCCAAAGGUACCGGUGGUGGCCGGUUUCGACACGUUCGCGUAUCUGGGCCGCUGGUACGAGCAGGAAAAGUAUCCAUUCUUCUUCGAGCUCGGUGGACGCUGCAUUACGGCCGAUUACACGCUCAACCCGGACGGCACAAUUGGCGUCCUGAAUCGGCAGAAAAACUCAUUAACUGGCAAUGAAAACACCAUCAGCGGAUCGGCACGCAUCGUGGAUUCGGCCAAGCUAGCAGUUAAAUUUCCCACUGCACCCUUCAAUGUCGAGGCCCCCUAUUGGGUUAUCGGAACGGAUUACAAGAGCUACGCCGUGGUGUACGCGUGCUCGGAUCUUCGUGGUCUCAUCAGUGCCAAGGUAGCGUGGAUUCUGACGCGCAAACGGCAUCCCGACAUCGAGACGAUGAAGAAGGCGUACGCCGUGCUGGACAGCGCCAAGAUCUCCCGGGCGUACCUUACCCGAACGGACCAAAAGAACUGCGAAGAGCUGAAGAAAGUCGGUAAAGGUGUUCUCAAAAGCACGACCAUCCGAGGUUGA